AUGUCCCUGCCGGUGACUUCGCCCGGCGCCGUCGCCACCUUCCUGCUCGGCUUGGCCACCCAGCUCCCCCUGGCGUGUGGCAAGGGGCGCGUCUUGCGGCCCCUCACCCCCCAGGAAGAAGCCGAGUGCCCCAGCGCCUCCGUGGAAGCUUUUCUCAACAGCACCAUGUCCACCCGCGUCCUGCCCGCCCUCUACUCUGUGGUGCUGCUCGUGGCGCUGCCGGCCAACGCUGUGGCCUGCUGGGUCCUGGUGGUCAACUUCAGGAGGUGCUCCAGCUCCCUCUUCCUGCUCAAUCUGGCCAGUGCUGACCUCCUCUUUGUCCUUCUGCUGCCCUUCAAGAUCUGCUACCACCUCCUGGGCAACCACUGGCUCUUUGGGGACUACCUGUGCCGCGCCACGGUGGCCCUCUUCUACGGGAACAUGUACGGCUCCAUCCUCUUCCUCACCUGCAUCGGCCUGGAGCGCUACAUCUCCGUGGUCCACCCGUUUGUGCUGAAGGGCUCCAGGUGGACGUGGGGCAGGGCGGGCAUCUGCGUGGGCAUCUGGCUGCUGGUGGGGCUGGGCGUGAGCCCCCUGCUCUUCUACCCCCAGACAAAGCACAGCUCACUGCUGAACAUCACGACGUGCCACGAUGUCCUCGGAAAGGACGAGCAAAAGUUCUUUGACUCCUAUUUCCUCUCGCUGGUGGGGCUGGGCUUUGGCAUGCCCUUCGUGCUCAUGACCAUCUCCUACAGCUGCAUCCUGGCCCGGCUGCUGGCCAAGCACAGAAACUACCGGCACGUGGUGUGCGUCCUGGCUGUGGUCUUCCUCGUCUUCAUCCUCUGCUUCACCCCCAGCAACGUGCUGCUCUUCAUCCACUACCUGCUGCAGGACACGGUGUGCAGCAACACCGCCUACAUCUGGUAUGCGCUGGCCCUGGCCUUCAGCGCCUUCAACAACUGCUUCGAUCCCUUCAUCUACUUCUAUGUCUCCCGAGAUUUUCGGGGCUGGCUCCGCAACAGCUGCUGCCCCCAGCGGCUCCGGACACGGAGGGGGUGGGAGAAGGCAGCCUCGUGCCUGAGGUCCAGCGAGCAGACCCAGCUCUAG